CUGUUUUAUUUUCCUGGAGGGGAAAGGGGGGGGGAAAACCCAAGCCAACAUGGUCUCCCCAUGUCCUCUGUUCCCCUCUUCCCUCUUCCCCCUCCUUUCAUCUCAGUAGGAAUCGGCUUUUUCUUCCCCUGCCCAGAGCUUUGUCCUCCUCAGACUCAGACAAGACUCCAGGAAGGAAGCCAGGAUGGAUUACAGCUCACUCAGCGGGGUCCCGCGCUUCCUGACCCGGCCCAAGGCAUUUAUGGUGUCUGUAGGGAAGGAUGCCACCCUGAGCUGCCAGAUCAUUGGAAACCCCAUCCCAGUGGUGAGCUGGGAAAAGGAUAAACUUCCAGUCCAGUCUGGGGGAAGGUUUAAAACCACAGAGGACGGGGAUUUGUAUCGGCUAACCAUCUAUGACCUGAACCUGGAGGACAGUGGCCAGUACAUCUGCCGGGCCAAGAACACCAUCGGGGAGGCUUUUGCUGCUGUCAGCAUCAAAGUGGGAGAGGAGACCACAGUCACAGAGUCAGCUCCUUACUUUAUCCAGAAACCUUCCAGCAUCAAAGUAACCUUGGGAGAAGACGCCAUGUUCAAAUGCAAAGUCCAGGGUAGCCCUCCCCUCUCGGUGAACUGGGAGAAGGACGGGAGAUACCUGAGGAACAAGGCAGAUGCUGGACGCUUCCAAAUUGAGUCUGCUGGGGAGUCAAACGCUCUCACCAUCCAGUGUGCCCAGCUGGGGGACAGUGGCACCUACACCUGCCGGGCAGAGAACCUCAUCGGCUCCGCCAGCGCCUCGGCCGCGCUGGUGGUGGAAACGCAUGGCUCCUCCAACCCAGGCAGCAGCAACUUCGAUGCCAGCUGUGGCAAGACGGCCUCCUUGCUGUCCCACCUGCAGAAGAGGCGGGAGGAGAUCAGGAAGAUGGACAUCUCCCACAGGACUCUUGACUCGGCUUCUGCCCAGUCGUACUCCGCGGUAGAGGGGUUGUCCAGCAUCGGCUACAGCCUGUCCCAGGACUAUGAGCGGGCAGCGGGACUGACCAAAGGGGCCCGCAACGCCACUUUCGGGGCGCUGACACGCACGUGCAGCGUGACGGAGGGGAAGCACGCCAAACUGAGCUGCUACGUGACAGGCGAGCCCAAGCCCGUGAUUGUGUGGAAGAAGGACAACGAGGUCAUCUUGGAAGGCCGGCGGCACGUCAUCUAUGAGGAUGACCAGGAGAACUUUGUGCUGAAGAUCCUCUUCUGCAAGCAGACAGACAACGGGCUGUACACCUGCACGGCCUCCAACUUGGCGGGGCAGACCUACAGCUCUGUGCUCGUCACUGUCAAAGAACCCUCCAUACCCUUCAAGGCAAAACUGAAGGAUCUUGAAGUGAGGGAGAAGGAAUCUGCCACCUUCCAGUGUGAAGUGCCUGUUGCUGGGACAGAGACAGCUUGGUUCAAGGAGGAGACCAAGCUCCAGCAGAGCAAGAAGUACAACAUCGAGGAGGAGGGCACCUACCGCCGGCUCACCGUCCAGAACGUCACCACGGACGAUGAUGCUGUUUACAUCUGUGAGAUGAAGGAAGGCAGCAGGACCAUCGCAGAGCUGUCUGUCCAAGGGAACAUCAUUAAAAAACUUCCACGGAAAACUGCCGUCUUCGUCAACGACACAGCCACCUUCUGCGUGGAGCUGGAUAACGACUGCCAGAACAUCCGGUGGCUGAAAAACAAGGAAGAAGUGAAACCCAGCGACCGAAUCUCCAUCACACACUCUGGCAAACAGCACACCAUGACCAUCCGGGAGUGUAAGAUGGAAGAUGCUGGUGAGAUUGCCUUCCUGGCCGAUGAAAGCAGGACUUCUACCCAGUUCACUGUGACCACUCCCAAAAAACCUCCCACUCAACCCCCAGCUCACCCUGUGGUGAAAAAUAAAACAGAAACCUCAGUGACACUGGCAUGGUCCCCUCCGAGGAUGGACCGGCCCAUUCCAGUUGAUGGAUAUAUCGUGGAGCGCAAGAAACUCACCGGCUUCACCUGGGUGAGGUGCCACGAGUCCCACGUCCCUGUCCCCGAGCUCACGGUGAGCAACCUGUCAGAAGAGGCUGACUACCAGUUCAGAGUGUCUGCGGUCAACGCCUAUGGACAGAGCCCCUACCUGGAAUUCCCUGGGAGCUUGCACCUUGAACCCGUCCUGGCUGUGAAAAACCCCCUGACAACAGCUGAAGUUGCACCUGGAGGGGAUGCUCACUUCACUGUUGAUCUUACCAAGACAUGUUCUGGCACUUGGUACCUGAAUGGCAAAGUCUUACAGGAAAGUGAGACCUACAUCAUUAACAGAACUCAAACCACUCACACCCUGGUCAUAAAGAAGGUCACCAAGAAAGAUGAUGGGGCAGAAGUGAAAUUUGUUGCCAGUGGUGUUGAGACCAGCACCAAGAUGAGAGUGAAAGGAGCUGCAGUGAGAUUCACCAACAAGAGCAAAGACGUAGAAAAAGUCUCCACUCGGCUGCUGGAGGAAGCCAAACUCCAGGCUGAGCUUUCAGACGCAGAGGCCACUGUGAAGUGGAUGAAAGAUGGGAAGGAGCUCAAGGCCAGUGAAAAAUACGAGCUCCAAACUGUGGGGAAGAGGCGCAUCCUGAAAAUCCGCAGCACUGCCGAGCAGGACGCUGGAGUUUAUGAGUGUGUCUGUGAAGGGGAUAAAAUGCUCUUCCAGCUCUCAGUGAAAGCACUUGCAAACUUCAUAAACAAAGAGAAAACCGGAGGAGUUAUCAAGGCCAUCGCUGGGAAACAGGCUGAGUUUGUGUCUGAGACCUCCGAGGCCAACAUCAUGGUGAAGUGGUACAAAGAUGGGAAGGAAAUCUCAGCCAGCAAGAAAUUCACCAUGGAAGACAAAGGAAAACUGCACAAGCUUGUGGCUUCGGCUGUGAUGAAAGAAGAUGAAGGAACUUACACCUGCAAAAUCGGGGAUGACACUCUUACUUUUGAUUUAAAGGUCUCAGAUGAAGCUGUUACUUUUGUCAACAAGCCCAAAACGACUCCAGAAAUAUCAGUCAGUCCUUCUGAAAGCCUGGAGCUGGUGUGUGAGGUGUCAGCUGCGGGCGGGGCCGUGGUGUGGAGGAAAGAUCAGACUGAGGUGAAGCAGGACCAGAGGACAACCAUCGUCUCGCAGGGGACACAGCGCAAGCUCAUCAUCAAGAAGGUGACACAACAAGACCAAGGCAGCUACACCUGUGAAACGAAGGAUGACAAAACAACAUUCCAAGUCAAAGUCAGAGAGGCAGAAAUUGUGUUUACAAACAAGGAGAAGGUGCAGAAAGAGGUGAAAGCUGCACUAUCAGAAAAUGCCACGCUGAGCUGCGAGGUGGCCCAGGAGAAGAUGGAGGUGAAGUGGUACAAGGAUGGGAAACUGAUCACCUCCAGCAAGAAGUUCAAGGUGGAAUCGGAGGGCAAAUCACGUCGUCUGGUGGUGGGUCAGGUGGAGAAGAAAGAUGCAGGGGAGUACACCUGUGAGGCUGCUGGCCAAAAACUCACCUUCAGGAUCGAUGUCACAGAGCCAGAAGUUGUGUUUACAAACAAGGAGAAGGUGCAGAAAGAGGUGAAGGCUGCACUAUCAGAAAAUGCCACGCUGAGCUGCGAGGUGGCCCAGGAGAAGAUGGAGGUGAAGUGGUACAAGGAUGGGAAACUGAUCACCUCCAGCAAGAAGUUCAAGGUGGAAUCGGAGGGCAAAUCACGUCGUCUGGUGGUGGGUCAGGUGGAGAAGAAAGAUGCAGGGGAGUACACCUGUGAGGCUGCUGGCCAAAAACUCACCUUCAGGAUUGUUGUUACAGAAGCAGAGGAUGCAUUUAUCAACAAGGACAAAGUGAAAAAAGAGGUGAAAGCUGCACUAUCAGAAAAUGCCAUGCUGAGCUGCGAGGUGGCCCAGGAGAAGACGGAGGUGAAGUGGUACAAGGAUGGGAAACUGAUCACCUCCAGCAAGAAGUUCAAGGUGGAAUCGGAGGGCAAAUCACGUCGUCUGGUGGUGGGUCAGGUGGAGAAGAAAGAUGCAGGGGAGUACACCUGUGAGGCUGCUGGCCAAAAACUCACCUUCAGGAUCGAUGUCACAGAGCCAGAAGUUGUGUUUACAAACAAGGAGAAGGUGCAGAAAGAGGUGAAGGCUGCACUAUCAGAAAAUGCCACGCUGAGCUGCGAGGUGGCCCAGGAGAAGAUGGAGGUGAAGUGGUACAAGGAUGGGAAACUGAUCACCUCCAGCAAGAAGUUCAAGGUGGAAUCGGAGGGCAAAUCGCGUCGUCUGGUGGUGGGUCAGGUGGAGAAGAAAGAUGCAGGGGAGUACACCUGUGAGGCUGCUGGCCAAAAACUCACCUUCAGGAUCAAUGUCACAGAGGCAGAAGAUGCCUUUGUCCACAAGGAGAAAGUGCAGAAAGAGGUGAAAGCUGCACUAUCAGAAAAUGCCACGCUGAGCUGCGAGGUGGCCCAGGAGAAGAUGGAGGUGAAGUGGUACAAGGAUGGGAAACUGAUCACCUCCAGCAAGAAGUUCAAGGUGGAAUCGGAGGGCAAAUUGCGUCGUCUGGUGGUGGGUCAGGUGGAGAAGAAAGAUGCAGGGGAGUACACCUGUGAGGCUGCUGGCCAAAAACUCACCUUCAGGAUUGAUGUCACAGAGGCAGAAGAUGCUUUCAUCAAAAAGGAGAAGGUGCAGAAAGAGGUGAAGGCUGCACUAUCAGAAAAUGCCACGCUGAGCUGCGAGGUGGCCCAGGAGAAGAUGGAGGUGAAGUGGUACAAGGAUGGGAAACUGAUCACCUCCAGCAAGAAGUUCAAGGUGGAAUCGGAGGGCAAAUUGCGUCGUCUGGUGGUGGGUCAGGUGGAGAAGAAAGAUGCAGGGGAGUACACCUGUGAGGCUGCUGGCCAAAAACUCACCUUCAGGAUCGAUGUCACAGAGCCAGAAGUUGUGUUUACAAACAAGGAGAAGGUGCAGAAAGAGGUGAAGGCUGCACUAUCAGAAAAUGCCACGCUGAGCUGCGAGGUGGCCCAGGAGAAGAUGGAGGUGAAGUGGUACAAGGAUGGGAAACUGAUCACCUCCAGCAAGAAGUUCAAGGUGGAAUCGGAGGGCAAAUCAUGUCGUCUGGUGGUGGGUCAGGUGGAGAAGAAAGAUGCAGGGGAGUACACCUGUGAGGCUGCUGGCCAAAAACUCACCUUCAGGGUCGAUGUCUCAGAGCCCAAACCUGCAUUUAUAAACCAGGAAAAGGUCCAGAAGGAGGUGAAGGCUGUCCUGACAGAAAGUGCCACCCUGGUGUGUGAGGUGGCGCAGGAUGCAACCCAAGUGAAGUGGUACAAGGAUGGAAAGCUGCUCGUUUCCUCUCGGAAAUUCAAAAUAGAGACCGUGGGCAAAUCCCGGCGCCUGGUGAUAGAGCAGCUGGAGAAGAAGGAUGCUGGGGAAUACAUCUGUGAGGCUGCAGGCCAGAAGCUGACAUUCAAAGUGGAACCAACUGAACCAGAGGCGAAAUUUGAAAAGAAAGUUGUCCAGAAAGAGCCUCUCAUUGUUCAAGAACAUGAAAGCAUCACACUGACAACCUCAGUCACGCCUGAAACCGCUGCAGUGAGGUGGUUCAAGGAUGGCACAGAAAUCAAAGCGAGCAAGAGAUGUGUGAUCAAGAGUGAGGGGGCGUCCAGGACACUGACGGUGAACGCGGCCGAGAGCACAGACUCUGCCCUGUACAGCUGCCAGACAAAGAAUGACAAGCAGGAAUUCAGAGUCCAGGUGAAAGAAAUCCCAGUGAAGUUUGCCAAGAAGCUGGAGGCCGUGACAGCAGAGAUUGGCGGCAGUGUAUCCCUGAGCUGUGAGCUGAGCCACGCCAAAGGGAAGGUGACGUGGAGCAGGAAUGGCGUGGAGAUCAAGCCCAGCAAACGCUUCCAGAUCCAUGAGGAGGGGAUCAAACGAACCCUGACAAUAACAGGGAUCCGUGCUGAGGAUGAGGGAGAAUAUUCCUGCGAGUCCAGGGAUGACAAGAGCAGCAUCACCAUCGUCCCCAAACCUCCCAGAGUGGUGAAAUUCGUCACAAGUCUCAACAGCGUGGUGUCUGAGGAAGGAAAAGAGGCUGUGUUCAAGUGCACUGUCUCUCCCAGUGAUGCUGUGGUCACCUGGCUCAGGAACGGUGCCAAGAUUGAAGCCAGCAAGAAAUACGUGAUCUCUCAGAAGGACACCAACCACAGCCUCACCAUCACUGACCUGACACUGGAAGAUGCAGCUGAAAUCACUGCCAGUGCUGAGGGCGUGGAAAGCACAGCCAAGCUCCGAGUCCGAGAGGCCUCAAUCUCAUUCAAGAAGAAGCUGGAGCCCAAAACAGUUGAAGAGAGGGAGACAGUGACCUUGGAGGUAGAGCUGACCAAGCCUGCAGAGGUGAAAUGGAUGAGGAACAGCAUCGUGCUGAAGUCCAGUGACAAAAUAGAGAUCAAAGCUGAGGGAACAAAGCACACCUUGGUGGUCAAGGACAUCUCCUUCGCAGACCGGGGCUUCUACUGCUGCGAGAGCCCCGAUGACAAGACCCAAGCCAAGAUCAAUGUGGAAAUGAGGCAGAUCAAGCUGGUGAAAGGCCUUCAGCCCCUGCAAGUGGCUGAGAAAGGGACUGUCACCUUUGAGGUGGAGGUGUCACAUGAGGACGUGGAGGGGACCUGGCAGAAGGAUGGAGUUCGGCUGAAACCUGCACCCAACAUCAGCUUUGGUGUCCUGGGCAAGAAGCACUCCCUAACUCUCUCCUUGGUGGCUCUGGAAGAUGCAGGACUCAUCUCCUUCAAAGCAGAAGGCAUUAGUUCAUCAGGGAGCCUCACUGUGACAGAAUUACCUGUGAGGAUCAGCAAACCUUUGGCAGACGUCAGUGUAACUCAGAAGCUCAAGGCUACAUUUGAGUGUGAGCUGUCCAAACCCAAUGCCAAUGUAAAGUGGUUCAAGGAUGGGAAGGAGAUCCGGCAAAGUAAAAACAUUGGGAUCAUCUCCCAAGGAAAUAAGAGAAGCCUCAUUAUUCAUAAGUGUGAAUAUGAAGACCAGGGAACCUACAUGUGUCAAGCAGCUGAAGACAAGACAUCAGCUACUCUAAAGGUUCAUGCCCGAGAUAUCAAGAUUGUAAAACCACUGGAAGAUGUGGAAGUGAACGAAUACGAGAGUGCAUCUUUUUUCUGUGAGAUCUCACACGAUGAGGUCGAAACCCAGUGGUACAAAAACGACAACAAGGUGAAGACUUCCGACAACAUCAAAAUGCGCCAGGAUGGAAAGACCUAUUCCCUGACUUACAUGCGCGUCUGCGUCGAGGAUGCGGCCGAGAUCAAAUUUGUAGCAGAAAAGGCAGAAUCUCGCGCUCAUCUAACUGUAAAAGAGCUGCCCGUAAAAAUCGUGAAGCCUUUGCGGGAUAAGAUCGCCCUUUGGAAGCACCGGGGGGUCCUGGAGUGUCAGGUGUCCCGAGCCAACGCCAAGGUCCGGUGGUUCAAAAAGGACAUGGAAAUUCACCCCGGUGACAAAUACGAAAUCGUGAGUGAGGACGUCUAUCGGAAACUCAUCAUCAACGAUGCCGACUACGAAGAUGAGGACACCUACACGUGCGAUGCCUUCGAUGACAAAACCAGUGCUAAUUUCUUCGUUGAAGAGCAAGCCAUUAAUAUUGUAAAAGAGUUGUGUGAUGAGGAUGUGACUGAGCCUGAAGAAGCCAAAUUUGAAUGUGAGACAUCCAUUCCAUCUGUGAAACCUGCCAAGUGGUUUCUGAAGGGAGCAGCCUUGCAGGCUGGCAGAAACAUCAUCAUGCAGCAGGAAGGCACCAUCCACAGGCUGACAAUAAUAAAAACAAGUGUUGAUAUGACAGGCACCAUCCAGUUCUCCAUUGGCAAAUCCAAAUCCACAGCGAACCUGCUUGUCAGAGAUUACCACAUCCAGAUCACCAGGAAACUGGAGGACAAGACCGUCCUGGAGCGACACUCGGUCAUUCUGUCCUGUGACUUCAGGCCUUCCCCAAAGCAUGUGAAGUGGUUCAAGGGCCAAGUGCUCAUUGAGCCCUCGGAGAAGUACAAAAUCAAGCGGGAGCAGCACUCAGCAGAGCUCAAGAUCAUGAAGGUGAAGCCUGAGGACGCCGGCGUAUACAAGUGCAAGGCUGGGAUUGCCGAGACCGAAGCCACGCUGAGCGUUGAAGCCCGCAAUGUAGAGGUCCUCAAGCACCUGCAGGACGUGGAGAUUGAGGAAGACAGUUCUGCUGUAUUCUCCUGCGAGCUGUCCCACGACGACGAGGACGUGGAGUGGUUCCUCAAUGGCACCCUCCUCUACACCAACAACUUCAACGACAUCAAGAACGUUGGCAAGUGCUACACACUGACCAUGAAGCAGGUGAAGCCUGAGGAUGCUGGCACGGUGACAAUGAAGUCAGACAAGGUGUCAGAGAGCGUGCGGCUGAAGGUGAUAGAGAAACCUGCUGUUUUCAUGAAAUCCUUGGAUGACGUUUUCGGUGAGGAGCGAGGAGUGAUCAAACUGGAAUGUGAAGUCUCCAAAGAGAAGGUCAAACCUGUUUGGAAAAAGGAUGGUGUGAAGAUCACUUCUAGCAAAAAGUAUGAGGAGAUACAGUCUGGGAAGACCCUGUGCCUCCUUAUCCACGACCUUGAAAAGACAGAUGCGGGGUUAUACACCUGUGACAUCGGCACUGAUGUUGCCAAAUCAAAGGUCAGCGUUCAGGAACUGAACAUAGGCAUCACCAAAAGGCUCAAAAACACUGAAAUCCAGGAGGGAGAAGAUUGCACUUUUGAGUGCAUUUUGUCCCAUGAAAGCAUUGAUGACUUCAACUGGACGCUGAACGGGAGAAAAGUGGAAAGCGGGGGGAGAUUUAAGGCCUCCAAUGCGGGUCGGAAAUACACACUGAGCAUCAAAAAUGUGAUUCCUGAUGACACUGGGGAAGUCAUCUUCACUGCCCGUGGUCUCACCUCCAAGGCUUCUCUGGUUGUGAAAGAAAAACCUGCUGAGGUCACAAAAGAGCUGGAGGAUAAAACAUCACCAGCAGGGCAGGACAUCAGCCUGAGCUGUGAAUUGUCCAAAGCUGAUGUGAACAUCAGGUGGUACAAGGAUGGCAAAGCAAUCCGGAAAAGCCAGAAGUAUGACCUGCAGCAAGAGGGAACACAGGCCAUUCUCACCAUCCGUGACUCCACAGUCAAGGACAGUGGGGAAUACACCUGUGAGACAGAGACCUCCAAAACAACAGCCAGGAUCACAGUGCAAGAAAAGCCUAAUUAUUUUGUCAAGGAACUCUCAGACCUGAAAGUCGAUGAAAGCGGAACUGCAGUUUUUGUGUGCCAGAGUGAGAGAGCUGCAUCCUCUGUGGUCUGGAGGAAAGGCAUCGCUGAGCUCAAGGCUGGCAGGAAGUUCGAGAUGACACAGAAAGGACAAGUCCUCCAGCUGACCAUAAAGAACUUGGAGAAAAGUGACAGUGACACUUACAGUUGUGACAUUGGGGAUGCCCAGUCCAGAGCCAAGCUAACUGUGCAAGGCCAGAAAGUGCUAAUAACGGAAGACCUGGAGGAUGUCACUGUGUUAGAAGGAGAAUCUGCCAUGUUCAAGUGCAGAAUCUCUCCCGUAGACUAUAGCAGAGUGCAGUGGUUUUUGGAUAAAACCCCACUCCAUACCAAUGAACUUAAUGAGAUCCAGUCCCAGCCUGGUGGAUAUCACCUGCUAACGCUGAAAAAGCUCUCACUGAAGGACUCGGGGGUCAUUACAUUUGAAGCUGGUGAUAAGAAAACAUCUGCCAGUUUGGUUGUUAAAGAAACACCGGUUCUCUUCAAGCAAGAGCUCCAAAACGAAGAAGCCAAAGAAGGAAAACAAGUCAGGCUGACCUGUGAGCUCAGCAAACCUGGUGCCCCAGUGAAGUGGAUGAAGGGGGACACUGUUCUCCAUGCCAGUGAGAAGUACGAAUUUAAGCAGCAUGGGACUGUGGCAGAGCUCAUAAUCCGAGAUGUGAAAUCUGUCGAUGCUGGGGACUACACCUGCAGCGCUGGGGAACUGAAAACCACUGCUCAGGUCAAAGUGAAUGCCAUGCCUGUGCUUUUUAAACAAGCCCUGGAGAACACGGAUGUGGAAGAAGGGAAAUCUGUCUCCUUGCGCUGUGAACUCACAAAAGCUGAUGCCACUGUGGUGUGGAAGAAGGGAGAAGCCACGCUCCAGGCAAGUGCCAAAUAUGAAAUGAAGCAGAAGGGGACAGUGGCAGAGCUGGUGAUUCAUAAUGCAGAGCCAGAAGAUGCGGGAAGAUACACCUGUGACACUGGAGACCAGCAGACCACAGCCCAAGUCAAAAUCCAUGCUGUGUCCGUGCUCUUCAAAGAAGAGCUGAAGGCCGUGGAAGCUGUGGAAGGUGGGACAGCCACCCUGCGGUGCCAGCUGGGCACAGAGGCUCCCGUGGAGUGGAGGAAGGGGCAAACUGUUCUGCGGGCGAGUAACAAGUACAAGAUGAGGCAGGAGGGCACCGUGGCUGAGCUGCUGAUCCACGACCUGGAGCCAAAGGAUGCUGGAGACUAUUCAUGUCUAGUGGGGAACCAAAAAACCACAGCAGCCUUGUCAGUGAAUGCCCUGCCGGUGCGUUUCAAGCAAGAGCUGAGGAACGAGGAGGCCACGGAGAGCGGGACAGCGACGCUGCAGUGCGAGCUGAGCCGGCCGGGUGGCUCCGUCCAGUGGAGGAAGGACGGGAAGGUGCUGGUGCCAAACGGGAAAUACAAAAUGAGACGGGAAGGGCGUUUUGUUGAGCUGGUUAUCCAAGACCUAGACCUGGCGGAUGCUGGGAGCUACACCUGCGAGUGUGGAGAGCAGGAGACCACAGCUGCUUUGAGAGUGAAUGCCUUGCCUAUCCUCUUCCAAGAUGAAUUGACGGACAAGGAAGCUACAGAGGGGGAAGCAGUCACUUUGCACUGCAAACUGAGCAAAUCAGCCCCAGUUGAGUGGAAAAAAGGGAACAUGGUGCUCAAGCCAAGUGAAAAGUACAAAAUAGAGCAGGAAGGUCCUGUUGUGGAGCUGACGAUCCAGGAUUUGGAUUUGGCAGAUGCUGGGGAUUACAGCUGUGUGUGUGGAGACCGACAGACUACGGCUGCUCUGACAGUAAAUGUCCUGCCUGCCCUUUUCACCAAGGGACUCACGGACAAAGAAGCCACCGAGGGUAAAAGUGUCUCCCUGCACUGUGAGCUGAACAAGGCUGCUGCUAAUGUGGAGUGGAAGAAGGGCUUCAAGAUCCUCAAGUCGAGUGACAAAUACAAAAUGAAGCGGGAAGGUGUCGUGGCUGAGCUCAUAAUCCAAAAUCUAGGCACGGCGGAUGCUGGGAAUUAUUCCUGUGUGUGUGGAGACCAGCAGACCACGGCAGUUUUAACAGUUCAUGCUUUGCCUGCAUUUUUCAAGGAAGGGUUGAAGAACAGGGAAGCCACAGACGGUGCAACGGCCGCUCUGCGCUGCGAGCUGAGCAAGGUCGGUGUCCCGGUGGAGUGGAAAAAAGGGGACAAGGCACUCAAACCAAGUGAAAAGUACAGGAUGAGACAGGAAGAUACGGCUGCAGAGCUGCUGAUCCGAGAUCUGGAGAUGGAAGAUACAGGAGAAUACACCUGCGUGUGUGGAGAUCAGAAGACCUCGGCUGUCUUGACAGUCCAUGCUCUGCCUGCUCUGUUCAAAAGAGAUCUUGUCAAUGUGGAAGGCACAGAAAACAGGACGGCUGUUCUGCAGUGUGAGCUGAGCAAACCCGCCCCGGUGGAGUGGAGGAGGGGGCAGGAGGUGCUCAGACCUAGUGAGAAGUACAAAAUGAGGCUGAAGGACACCACUGCUGAGCUGACAAUCCACAGCCUGGAGGAAGGAGACGCAGGAGAUUACACCUGUGUGUGUGGAGACAAGACAACCACAGCUUCCCUGACAGUGCAUGCCCUCCCUCCGCACUUUAAGAAAGAGCUGAAGAAUGUGGAAGGCACAGAAAAUGGCACGGCCACUUUCUGCUGUGAGCUGAGCAAAGCUGGAGCUGCAGUGGCAUGGAGGAAAGGAGACAGAGCCCUGGGCACAAGCGACAAGUUCACCAUGAGAUGCCAGGGCACGAUGGCUGAGCUGCUGAUCCAUGAUUUAGUCCUGGCAGAUGCCGGAGAUUACACGUGCUCUUGUGGAGAGCAGGAAACCACGGCUGAGCUCAAAGUGAAUGCCUUGCCUGUGCACUUCCAGAAGGAGAUGACGGAUGAAGAAGCCACAGAAGGUGGAACAGCCACUCUCCAGUGUGAGCUGUCCAGGGCCGCCUCCGUGGAGUGGAGAAAGAAACACAAAGUGCUCAAACCGAGUGAAAAAUACACAAUGAGGCAGGAGGGAACCACAGCACAGCUGCUGGUCCAUGCUGUGGAGGUCAGGGAUGCUGGGGAAUACACCUGUGUGUGUGGAGAGGAGAAGACAACGGCAGCACUGACAGUGCACGCCCUUCCUGCUCUGUUCAAAGAAGAGUUAAGAGAUGAAGAGGCCAAGGAGGGUGAAGCAGUCACCCUGCACUGUGAGCUGACCAAACCCGCCCCAGUGGAGUGGAGAAAGGGACACACAGCCCUCAGACCUAGUGAGAAAUACAAAAUGAAGCAGAAGGAUGUCACUGCAGAGCUGGUGAUCCACAAUCUGACUGAGAGCGAUGCUGGCGAUUACACCUGCGUGUGUGGGGAGGAGCAGUCCACGGCUUCCUUGGCAGUACAUGUGCUGCCUGCAGGCAUCCAGGAGAGCCUGAAGGAUGAGGAGGUGACUGAGGGUCAAGUGGCCACUCUGAGGUGUGAACUGACCAAGGCUGUCCCCGUGGAGUGGAGGAAGGGCAGCACUUUGCUCAAAGCCAGUGAGAAGUACAAAAUGAGGCAGGAGAAAACGGUCAUGAAGCUGCUUAUCCAGGAUGUGGAAUUGAAAGAUGCUGGAAAGUACACAUGUGUGUGUGGAGAGCAGGAGACAACAGCAGCCUUGAUAGUGCAUGCCCUGCCAGCCCUUUUCAAAGAAGACCUGAAGGACCUGCAAGCCAUGGAAAGCCAAACAGCCACUCUGCGCUGUGAGCUGAGCAAGGCUGCAGCUGUGGCCUGGAAGAAAGGGAACAAAACACUCAGGGCAAGUGAAAAAUACAUCAUGAGGCAGGAGAGUGCCCUGGCUGAGCUGGAAAUCCGUGACCUAGAGCUGCAGGAUGCAGGAGAUUACACCUGUGUGUGUGGGGACCAGCACAGCACAGCCUCUCUGACAGUGAAUGCCCUGCCAGUGCUUUUCAAGGAAAAGCUGAAGAAUGAAGAAGCCCAAGAAGGAGCAUCAGUCACUCUGAGUUGUGAAUUAACCAAAGGAGCUCCAGUGCAGUGGAAAAUAGGGCCCAAAGUGCUCAAAGCAAGUGACAAAUAUCAAAUGAGACAGUCUGGCACCACUGCAGAGCUCGUCAUCCAUGACCUAGAAGUAAAAGAUGCUGGAGAUUACACCUGUGUGUGUGGUGACCAGAAGACAACAGCAACCUUAAGAGUUCAUGCUCUGCCACCACUCUUUAAGGAAGAGCUGAAGGACAAGGAAGCAGAAGAAGGUGGAGAAGUCUCCCUGCACUGUGAGCUCUCCAAGGCCGCUCCGGUGGAGUGGCGGAAGGACCAGAGGAUCCUCAAACCGAGUGGGAAAUACAAAAUGAGGCAGGAAGGGCCCAAAGCAGAGCUGGUGAUCCAUGAAAUAGCAGAGGAGGAUGCAGGAGACUACACCUGUGUGUGCGGAGAGCACCAGACUACAGCUGUCUUGACAGUACAGACUGUGCCUCCGCUUUUCCAAGAAGAAAUGACCAGCCAGGAAGGGGUAGAAGGUGGAACGGCCACUUUGCACUGUGGGCUGAGCAAGGCCCCUGCCCGUGUCCAGUGGAAGAAAGGCCAGCACAUCCUCACCUCGGGCACCAAGUACAGCAUGAGGCAGGAGGGACGUGUGGUGGAGCUGGUGGUCCAUGACCUAGACCUGAGUGACAGUGGGGAGUAUUCCUGUGUGUGUGGAGACAGGAGCAGCACGGCUGCCUUAACAGUGCAUGCGCUGCCUCCAGAAUUCAAGAGAGAACUGGAGGACCUGGAAGCUGUGGAAAAUGGUGCUGCUGUUCUGCAGUGUGAGCUGACAAAACCUGCUGAGGUGGAGUGGAAGAAAGGGCAGGAGGUGCUCAAAGAGAGCAGCAAAUAUGAAAUGAGUCAGGACGGUGCUGUUGCAAAGCUGAUUAUCCAUGAGCUGGAGGAGGAGGAUGCUGGACUUUACAUCUGUAUGUGUGGAGAUCAACAGACAACUGCCACGCUGACAGUCACUGCCCUGCCAGCCCUUUUUAAACAAGAGCUUCAGAACACUGAGGCAGAAGAAGGUGGCACAGCAACACUGAGGUGUGAGCUCACCAAACCCAAGGCUCCAGUGGAGUGGAGGAAAGGAGAUGUCACUCUCUACCCUGGUCUGAAAUAUGAGAUGAAGCAGCAGGGCUGUGCUGCUGAAUUGGUCGUUUAUGACCUGGAACUGGACGAUUCAGGAAUUUACACCUGCGACUCCGGACACCAGCGGACAACGGCUGUGGUGGCUGUGCAUGCACUGCCUGUCACAUUUAAGCAGCUCCUACAGAAUCAGGAAUCUGAGGAAGGAAGCACAGCCACGUUCUGCUGUGAGCUGUCGAAACCCAGUGCUGCAGUGGAAUGGAGGAAAGGAGGAGUGGGGCUGCAGCCCAGCCAGAAAUAUGAAAUGAGGCAGAGGGGAGGCCUGGUAGAGCUCUUGAUACACAAUCUCAAGUUAGAAGACACAGGAGAAUACAGCUGUGACGUGGGGGAUCAGGAAACCAGGGCAGCUCUGAGCGUGACAGCUCUGCCAGUUCUUUUCCAAAAGCAGCUCAAAGAUGAGGAGGCAGAAGAAGGAGCUGUGGUGAAGUUCCGGUGUGAGCUGACAAAGGAUAACGCGGCGGUGGAGUGGAGGAAAGGCACCAUGGAGCUCUUCCCGUGUGCCAAAUAUGAAAUUAAAUUAAGUGGGCGCACGGCUGAGCUUGUGAUUCAUAAUGUAGAGCCAGAGGAUGCCUCUGAUUACACUUGUGACACGGGAGACCAGCAGAGCACCGCAGUCCUCAGAGUGAAUGCCAUCAAACCCCAGCUGAAGCAGCAGCUGAGGAACGAGGAAGUGGAGGUGGGAGGAACAGCCAGGCUGCGCUGCGAGAUUUCCAUCAGCAAAGCAGAAGUGGAGUGGAGGAAGGAUGGAGUCCUCCUGCACUCCAGCUCCAAGUACGAAAUGUGGCAGGAUGGGACCCUCCGGGAGCUCCGUGUUCACCACCUGGAGCCUGGGGAUGCUGGAGAAUAUUCCUGCAAGGCUGGAGACCAGACGAGCUCUGCCAAACUCACCGUGAAAGAGCCUGACGUGACCAUCGUGAGUGGCCUCAAGGACAUGGUGGUGUCCGAAGGGGACGAUGUCACCUUUCGGUGCCAGGUUUCCCACGAGAACGCGAGGGACGUGGAAUGGAAGCUGCAGGAUGUCGCUCUGCAGAACAAUGAAAUGAACGAGAUCUCGGUGGAGAAAGGGAAGAUCCACACCCUGACCCUAAGGAAGGUGACUGAGCAGGACAUAGGCACCAUCACUUUCCGAGUAGGAGCCCACACGUCAACAGCAGAGCUCACAGUGAAAGCUCCUCCAGUCACCUUCACACAACCACUCCAGAACCAACAAGCUGAGGAAGGUGGCACUGUCACUUUGAGCUGUGAGGUCUCCAAAUCCAACACCACUGUGCAGUGGAAGAAGGCGGGGACAGUGCUGCGACCCAGUGACAAAUACAAGAUGAGGCAGGCGGGGCCCGUGGCUGAGCUGACGAUUCACAACCUGAGCGAAGCUGAUGCUGGGGAGUACACCUGUGACACAGGGGACCAGCAAACCACGGCAGCAGUGAGCCUGAAAGAACCAGCAGCCACCAUUGUGGAGAGGCUGAAGGACAUCGCCACGUACGAAGGAGAAGACGCGGUGUUCGAGUGCAGGCUGUCCCGGGAAACAGCUCGGGAUGCCCAGUGGUUCCUGGGGGAUGUUCCCUUGCAAUCCAACGAAAUGAACGAGAUCAGGGUCCAAGGGACACGUCACAGCUUGAUCCUGAGGAAGGUGACCCUGGAAGACUGUGGGUCCAUCACUUUCAAAGUGGGGCAGCAUUCGUCAGCAGCACAGCUGAAGGUGGAAGCUGCCCCAGUCACCUUCGUGAAGGAGCUGCACAGCCUGGAGCUGCAGGAGGGUGGCACUGCCCACCUGUCCUGCGAGGUGUCCAAGCCUGAUGUCCCAGUGGAGUGGAAGAAGGGCACGUCCGUGAUCCACUCCAGCCACAAGUGCAGCAUCCAGCACGAGGGGAAGGUGCACACGCUGGUCAUUCGCGACCUGAACCGCGCCGAUGCCGGGGAGUACAGCUGCCACACGGCUGCUGGCAAGACCACGGCCAGACUCGAGGUUAAAGGCCUGCCUGUGCUGUUCAAACAGUGGCUGAAGAACGAGGAGGUGGAGGAAGGGCGCACGGCGGUGCUGCACUGCGAGCUCACGCAGCCCCACGCACGCGUGGAGUGGAGGAAAGGGGACACGGUGCUGCAGCCCGGCGACAAGUACGAGAUCCGCCAGGAGGGGACACAAGUGGAGCUGCUCAUCUACGAGGCUGAGGCUCAGGAUGCUGGAGAAUACACCUGUGACUCGGGGGAUCAGCAAACCACGGCGUCGCUGCAGGUCAAAGUACUGCCAGUGCUGUUUAACAAAGAGCUGAAAAACGUAGAGACUGAAGAAGGGGGAACGGCUGUUUUGCACUGUGAGAUCUCCAAGCCGGACGCUCCCGUUGAGUGGAGGAAAGGAGGGGAGGUCAUUCAGCCCAGUGACAAGUACGAGGUGAAGCUGAAGGGCAGCGUAGCUGAGCUGAUCAUCCAUGGUGUAGAACCUGAUGACUGUGGGGAUUAUACCUGCAGCACUGGAUACGAGAUCACCACAGGGUCUGUGUAUGUGCAAGAAGAAGCAGCAGUGAUAGUGUCUGGUUUAAGGAGCACAGAUGUCUUUGUGGGCGAGUCAGCCACGUUCACCUGCGAGCUCUCGCACCCGGGCGUGAAGAACGUGCAGUGGUGGCUCGAUGGGACCCCCCUUCACAACAACCUGGUGACUGAAAUCUCUGAGCAGGACGGCAGGAUCCACACUUUAACCCUAAAUGAUGUGGCGUGUCACGACUCGGGCACUGUCACCUUCAGAGCUGGGUCCCUUAUAUCUUCAGCUAAAUUAUUAGUCAAAGAUCCCACCAUUGAAGUGGUCAGUCCCAUGCAGGACAUAACUGUUGAUGAAGAUGGCCCGGCAGAGUUCAUAUGCCAAUAUUCUAGGCCAGUGCACGCCAUCUGGAAGAAAAAUGAUCAGGAAAUACAUGCAGAUGGGCAGCGAGUGAUUAUCGAUCAGGACUGGAAUGUGAGCAUGCUAAAAAUUAACCCCACGGUCCCAGAAGACACUGGAAUCUAUUCUUGUGAAGCUGAAGGCACUAAAGUGAUGGCUACACUUGAUGUUCAAGCCAAGAACAGCAUUGUCCAGGGCUUGGAGAACGUGGAGGCUGUGGAAGGAGGGGAAGCCCUGUUCGAGUGUUAUCUCUCCAAGCCUGAGACCUAUAAUUACAACUGGCUGAUUGAUGAUGAGCCUGCCAAAACUACAGAAAACACUGAGAUGGUUUACUUUGAAAAUGGACUCAGGCAUAUCCUGCUGCUGAAGAAUUUAACUCCCCAGGACAGCUGCAGGGUGACUUUCAUGUGCAGCGAUGCAGUGACCUCAGCCUUCCUCACAGUGAAAGGGUGGCGCCUGCAGUUCUUGCAGCCCCUCACGGAUGUAGAAGUGUCUCUGGGGGAAAAAGCAACAUUUAGCUGUGUCCUGAGUGAAGCUGUGCCAAUUAAUGAAGUGGCCUGGUACAGUAAUGACAUAGAGAUCCAGUCGGGUGAGGACUGGGAGGUACAAGCAGAUGGAAACAAAUACAAACUUAUUCUGAAAAAAGCCCAACUGCAUCAUUCUGGAGAUGUGACCUUUGCUUCCAGGGAAGCCAUUUCAUCAGCCAAGCUUUCUGUGAUAGCCCUCCCUGAGCCGCCUGAAGAACCAGAAGUUCUAAGUCAGAGCAGCCACUCUGUCACUCUGUCUUGGCACAAGCCGCUGGGCGACGGUGGCCAGGACAUCCUAGGCUACAACGUGGAGAGGAAAAUCCCGGGCGUUGGCUGGCAGUCCUGCAGCGAGGGCCUUAUCCAAAACACGGAGUUCACGGUGGACGGCCUGGCCCCAGAGGAACCCUACAGAUUCCGAGUCUCGGCCAUAAAUAAAGCUGGGGCCAGCGAGGCGGUGCACUUCCCCCAGAUGGUGCAGUUAGAGCCUCCAGUUACAGUCACCCAACCUUUGGUGGGAGGAUCAGUCUCAGAAGGAGGAACGGCUCGCCUGGAGUGCACCUUAUCAAGUGAAACCAAGGACAAAGUGACUUGGUUUAAGGGAAAAGAACAAAUAAAAGCUGGAGGGAGAUAUGAGAUCCGCUCUGAUGGAACGAAGCAGAUACUCAUCAUCCAUGGAUUCAAACCUGAGGAUCAGGACAGCUACACCUGCAUGGCUUCUCCAGAAGUCAAAUCUGUUGCCAGCCUGUGUCUUGAAGUUCCUACAGUGUCGAUGCUGAAGGAGAUUGCCAGGGAAGUUCCCCCUGCCAGCCAGCCUGAAGAACUGGUGGACGGGCACGUCCAGCCCAGCCUACCCCCUGAGGCUGCUCAGGAGGGAGAUCUUCACCUCCUGUGGGAAGCCCUUGCCAAGAAACGCCGGAUGAGCCGGGAGCCCACCUUGGAUUCCAUCAGCGAGGUCCCUGAGGAAGAUGAGAAGCUUCAGAAGCUGAGGAAGGAGGAAGCAGAGAUGUCUCACUACUACUCGGAGGAGUACUCCACGUGUGAUGAGCUGGCCAGGACAGGAGAGGCAGACCUCUCUUUCACAAGCUCCGAUGAUGAGUCUAGAGCUGGGACUCCAUCCCUGGUAAACUACCUCAAGAAAGCUGAGAAGAAGAGCAUCAGUGUUACCAGCAAGGUUCAGUCCACCUCCACAGGAAAAUUAUGGAAACAGUGGGAGACAUCCACUGUGGAGACCACUGUGGCCACCACAGCUGAUCAGCCAGCUGAACCAGAGCUGCCAGAUUUAAAUGAUCCCUCCAUGAACAAGGCGGCUGUGAAGAUCCAAGCUGCUUUCAAAGGCUACAAAGUCAGGAAAGAGAUCAAGCAACAAGAGAGUCCAGUGUUUACCGAGACCUUCAAAGACUUCUCUGGAGAGCCUGGGAGCACCCUGCACCUGGAGUGUGUGGCCCACAGCAAAACCGACAUGAACAUCCGGUGGCUGAAAGAUGGGAAGGAGCUCUCGGAUGGUCGUUACUACCACAUAGACAACUACAGUGACGGCACCUGCUCCUUGAUUAUCGCUGGCCUGGACAGGAAGGAUGCCGGUAAAUACACCUGUGAGGCAUCCAAUAAGUUUGGCAAGGUCUCACACAGUGCUAAGGUGGUGGUUGGCACUCAGGAAGCUCAGGUUCUUCCUAAGGAGAAGCAGAGUAAGCAGAGCACUGACAGUGAGACAGAGAGCUCGUCUGGCAGCGAGCUGGAUGAUGCUUUCCGAAAAGCAGGAAGGAGACUCCACAGACUCUUCAGGGCCAAGAUCUCCACGGAGAUCUCUGAUGUGGAGGAAGAGCUCUUUGUCAGUGCAGAUGAAGGGGACAUAGAUGUGGUUGACCACCAGACCUACCGUGAAGAUGAUCAGUACAUCUACAUUAAGUUUGAAAUCAUGUCUGAGGCCAAAGCAGCUGCCACACGGUUCAGAGAGAUGUUUGGUGCUCUGGGAAUUCCUGUGGAGAUCGACAUCUUGGAACAAGGCCUGAAAAAAAUUGAAUUGCGGAUUGGGAAGGCGUCACCUCCCACCCUUGGGAAGUUUGCACCUCCAGUAGCGAGGCCUCCACCCCCUUUGCUGACUUCUGAUACAGCCCCCAUGUUCAUGACCGAGCUCCAAAACCAAGAGGUCCAGGAUGGGUACCCCGUGAGCUUUGACUGCAUCGUCAUUGGCAAACCCCUGCCCACGGUGCGCUGGUUCAAGGACGGCAAAGCUAUUGAAGAAAAUGACCACUACAUGAUCAAUGAGGACCAGGAAGGCUGUCACCAGCUGAUCAUCACCGCCGUGGUCCCUACGGACAUGGGCGUCUACCGGUGCCUCGCUGAGAACAACAUGGGGGUGGCUUCAACCAAGGCUGAGCUUCGCGUGGACUUGACCAGCACAGACUACGAGACAGCAGCAGAUGCAACAGAGACAUCAUCUUACUACAGUGCCAAGGAAUAUAUUUCAAGCCGAGAACAGGAGGAAUCCACCACCGAGGAGGAGCAGUUGCCCCAAAUCUUUGAUGAGCUUCAUGAUAUUCAUGUGGCACCUGGAGCAUCACUGGCUAAAUUUCACUUGAAGGUGAAAGGGUACCCUCAGCCUCGUCUCUAUUGGUUCAAAAAUGGGCAGCCCCUAAAGGCCUCGGAUCGUAUCCUGAAAACUGACAGGCAGGAAUUCCACUCCCUGGAAAUCCGCGACGUCACCAAAGCAGACGCUGGCCAGUACCUGAUAUUUGUCAUCAACUCUGCUGGUUCUGCGUAUUCCUCAGCCAGGCUGGUAGUCAAAGAUCCUUAUGAGAAAGAAGAACUAUCCAAAACAGAUUCCCAUGAGCAGCUGAUACCACCAAGAUUCCUUGAAAGAUUUACAAAUAAAAAGGUGAAAAAGGGUGCAAGCAUCACAUUAUCUGUGAAAGUUGAAGGACAUCCGUCGCCAACGAUCACUUGGAUGAAAGAAGAGUCUCGGGAAGACAUCCUAUGGAUCAAACCAGACACUCCUGGGUAUAAACUUGCCAGUUCCAACAUGCACCACAGCCUGAUCCUGUUGGAUGUCAAGAAGAAGUACAGUGGAGCUUACACGUGCAUCGCCACCAACAAGGCCGGCCAGUCCAUCUGCACCGCCAACCUGGAAGUGGCUGAUGUGAAAGAGGCUGAAGUCCUGACCCAGGAGCGUGUGAUGGUGUCAGAAGCCAUCAUGACCACACUGGGAACUAUUCAGUCCUCUGAAGGAGACCUUGAAGCUGGCCGAGAAGGUGUGCCCAAAAGCCCUAUUUCUUUAUCUGAUGUUGGCUCAGAAGAGUUCUUCCAGAAACUCACCUCACGUAUCUCAGAAAUGGUAUCUGCAAAAAUAACACAGGCUAAACUUCGAGUACCAGGUGCAGAAAGUGAUGAUGAGUCAAGAACUCCCUCUGCCUCUCCUCGCCACGGACGAUCCAGACCUUCAUCCAUUGCUCAGGAAUCCUCCUCUGAAUCUGAAGAUGGGGAUUCCAGAGGGGAGAUCUUUGAUGUCUACAUGGUCACUGCUGACUACGUGCCUGCGGCACCGGACAGGGAGACCAUCACCCUGAAGGAAGGACAAUAUGUGGAAGUCCUGGAUUCAGCUCAUCCUCUGAAAUGGCUGGUCAGGACUAAACCCACGAAAUCGAGUCCCUCUCGACAGGGUUGGGUGUCUCCAGCUUAUCUGGACAAGAAAUUAAAGUUGUCACCAGAGUGGGGAACAACAGAAAUUCCAGAGUUUCCUGGAGAGUUUGUUUCUGAAGAUGAAUACAAGAGGAAGCUAAGUGUCCUCAUUCAGGAGCUGUUGAUCUCAGAGGAGGAUUACAUUCAGGAUUUACAGUUCCUCCAGACUCAUCACCUUAGGUACACUGAGACCUGUCCCAGUGUCCCAGGAGCUGUUGCCAGUCAGAAAUCCACCAUUUUCAGGAAUAUUGAUGACAUUGGUCGCUUCCAUUCCAGUGUCUUCCUCCGGAGCUUGCAGAGCUGUGACACUGAUGAUGACGUGGCCAUGUGCUUCAUCAAGCACGAAGCAGAGUUUAACAAGUACAUCCAGUACCUGGUGGGAAGGGUCCAGGCUGAGUCGAUUGUGGUCAGCAAAGCUGUCCAGGAUUUCUACAAGAGAUACACAGACGAAUUUGUAACUAAUGAAGAUCCCUCGCAGCCACUUAUCCCACCGCUGCAGCACUACCUGGAAAAACCCAUAAACAGGAUCCAGCAGUACCAGACAAUAAUCAAGGAAUUAAUCCGAAACAAAGCCAGAAACAGCCAAAACUGCACUUUGCUGGAGCAGGCCUAUGCCAUUGUGUCUGCCCUCACCCGAAGAGCAGAGAACAACCUCCACGUCUCACUCAUUGAGAAUUAUCCAGGGACCUUGGAAAGCCUUGGGGAACCCAUCCGGCAGGGCCACUUCAUUGUGUGGGAAGGAGCUCCAGGAGCUCGAAUGGCAUGGAAAGGACACAAAAGACACGUUUUCCUCUUCAAAAAUUAUAUUGUGAUCUGCAAACCAAAGCGAGACACAAAGACAGACACCUACAGCUACAUCUUCAAGAACAUCAUGAAGCUGAACAACAUAGACGUGAACGACCUGGUGGAAGGGGAUGACCGGGCCUUUGAGAUCUGGCACGAGCGGGAGGACCUGGUGCGCAAGUACCUCCUGCAGGCGCGAACCGUGAACAUCAAGAACUCCUGGGUGAAGGAGAUCCUGGGCAUCCAGCAGCGGAUCAGCGAGCCCAUCUGGAUCCCUCCAGACUUUGAGGAAGAACUGGCAGACUGCACAGCUGAGCUGGGAGAGACGGUCAAGCUGGCCUGCAAGGUGACAGGAGCUCCCAAGCCAUCCAUCAGCUGGUACAAAGAUGGAAAGCCCGUGGAGGUGGAUCCCCAUCACAUUAUAAUAGAAGAUCCUGAUGGUUCCUGCACAUUGAUCUUGGACAACCUGACAGGGGUUGACACAGGACAGUACAUGUGCUUUGCUUCCAGUCCUGCUGGGAAUGCCAGCACCUUGGGAAAGAUCCUUGUUCAAGUGCCCCCACGGUUUGUGAACAAGGUCAGAAACGCUUAUCUUGUCGAGGGUGAAGAUGUCCAAUUCACCUGCACUGUGGAAGGAGCACCCAGGCCUCAAAUCAGAUGGUACAAAGAUGGGGUGCUGCUGAAGGACACCAGUAAAUACCAGACUUUCAGUGAACCACGCAGUGGCAUCGUAGUGCUGGUGGUCAAGAACCCUUCCAAUGAAGACAUGGGGCACUAUGAAUGUGAGCUGAUGAACAGGUUAGGGUCUGCCAAAAGUGGAGCAGAGCUUUACCACCACAGCGCCGCAGCCCUGACCCAGGAGAGGAGAGGAGACCAAGCCAUCAGCAUCGAAGGAAUGACUUCCCCCCAGUCAGACACGGAGACUACUGUGCAGGCCUCGCUCCAGCGUGCUGAUAAGGAGAUCAAGACAGCUCUGAAAAAACUCAUGGACUCGGCAUCACUGCUGGUGACUCUUCCCCCAGGCAUGCGAGCAGAUGGUGGCCUUGGCCUUGGCCCUCCUGGGUCUGUUCCUUCAGAGUACUCAGGGACAGCAGCCGGGCCCUCUGUGAUAGUUCAUGAAGCCAGUACCCAAACCCAGACUGCUGGAGGCCAUGCACAAAGGCAGGUUCCAGCUGAAGAACCAGGGGUGCCGAAGCCCAGCCCUGCUCCUUCCCGGGAAGAGGCAGAUGCUGGAGGUGAAAGCGCUCAGGAACGCACUGUUCCCACUGACAGAACGUCACCAGAUGCAGGGGCAGGAGGCUGGAACAGGAGAGAAGGAGAUGUGGUCUGGGAUGUGCGCAGUGAAGUUUAUAUCGAGACCACGGAAAGAACUCGUGUGUAUAAGACUGAGGAGAAGACUCCAACAAGUCCUCCCUACAUGCAAGUGACAAUAGAGGAUGUGCAGGUGAACUCUGGGGAACGUGCCAAAUUCCAGGCAGUCAUUGAAGGAACCCCUCAGCCCACAGUUUUAUGGUUUAAGGGCACUUCACUGCUGACAGACAGCGACAGGGUCCAUCAGGGGAAGGAAGGAACAACGUAUUUCUUAGUCGUGGACAAUGCUGCCUUGGACGAUGGUGGUGUUUAUACCUGCGUUGCCAAAAAUGCAGGAGGGGAGGUUUUGUGCAAAGCAGAGCUCGUCGUACGUGAAGCUAAGAAAGACCAAGAAGGAAAGAAAGUGGCCACCAGGAGAAAGCUCCACUCCCAUUAUGAGGUGAAGCAGGAGAUUGGAAGGGGCUGCUUCAGCUUCGUGAAACGGGUGGUGCACAAAGGGAACAGGGUGUCCUGUGCUGCCAAAUUCAUUCCUCUGCGGAGCAAAACCAAGGCUCGAGCGCAUCAAGAGAGGGAUAUUCUUGCCUCUCUGUCCCACGACAGAAUUACCAGGCUCCUGGAUGAGUUUGAAACACGAAAAACACUGAUUUUGGUUCUGGAGUUAUGCUCCAAUGAAGAGCUCCUGGACCGUUUAUUCAAGAAGAGUGUGGUCACUGAAGCUGAGGUCAAACUGUAUAUCAAGCAAAUUUUGGAAGGAAUCAAAUAUCUUCAUGACAACAACAUCCUUCAUUUGGACAUCAAGCCACUGAAUAUCCUCAUGGUUUAUCCUGAGAGGGAAGACCUGAAGAUCUGUGACUUCGGAUUUGCCCAGAGGAUCACACCCGUGGAGCCUCAGUACAGCAAAUAUGGCUCUCCAGAGUUUGUUGCCCCAGAAAUUGUUUCCCAGUCACCAGUGUCAAAAGCAACUGAUAUCUGGGCUGUUGGAGUCAUCGCAUAUUUAAGCCUCACGUGCAAGUCUCCGUUUGCUGGGGAGAACGACAGGAAAACUCUCCUAAAUAUCCAGAACGGGGAAAUUUCAUGGACCAUUCCUGAUGUUGUUCACUUGAGUGAAGAUGCAAAGGACUUCAUGAAAGGGAUCCUGCAGCAGCACCCCAAAGCCAGGCCGAGUGCUUUGGACUGUCUUUCCCACAAGUGGUUCAUGCAUAAUGUCCCUCUUGAAGCAGCUCAUUUCAUUAAUACCAAGCAGCUCAAAUUCAUUGUGGCUCGGAGCAAAUGGCAGCGCUCCCUGAUGUGCUACAAAUCCAUCCUGGUGAUGAGGUCCAUCCCAGAAAUCCUCGAAAGGACCCACGACAAUGCCUCCCUGGCCAUCUCCCGACACCUCAUUGAGGAAAGCACUUCAUCCAGCACCAGUGGCUCCUCUUCGGACAAUGAGAACUCAAAUUUCCCCCAAAAGAGGCACUUUGGCUCCACCCCUGAACUACACUCGCCCAUAUUUGAUGCCCCAAGUCAUCCCGAGCCUCUGAAACGUGCAAGUGAACGGGAGCACUCCAAAGCCUCCAUCCCUCCAGUAAAACCCAUGAGGAGGAAAUAUGCUUCCACGAAGGCUGAGGUGGGGGACAAAUCACCCCCAGAAAGCAAAGAGCUCAUGGCGAGUAUUUUACAGGAGAAAGAGGAGAGGCUCCAGCCCAGCCUUCAAGUAGAGCUGUCCCAAAGAAGUGGUGCUGCUGAGCCUUCAUCCCUGAGAGAUUCCACGGAAAGCACAUUGCUUCCGCAUCAGAAAGAAAAACCAGACACAUCUUUAUCUGAAAAGGACAGAGUUGAAGAGGCAGGGCAUGGGGCAGAAAAGCCAUCUGCCUGUGUUCCCAGGCAGAGUGUCAUUAAAAGCACCUUCUACAGCCAAGCAACUGAGCUGCCUUCAAGGCCACCUUCCUCACCAGGCAGGGAGUUCAGAAGGCACCUGGACAGAGCCAGAAGGACUUUGAGGAAGGCUGGGUAUUCAAAGGUGCCCCUCAGUGGUCUCCGUGAACCCCUCCUUGAGCAGUUUGAACUGGAAGAAGAAGAAGAAGAAGGAGGAGGAGAUGAUCGCAGGGAAAGCCUGCUGGGAUCCUUGACCAAAUCCGCGUCGUUUGACACUGCCAGGAAGCCACCACACCCUGCCAUUGCUGGUGCCAGCCGCAGCCAUUCCCUGGAUGACUACAGGCUGAGAGCCUCCAGAUCCUUGAGGCAGCAAGAUAUUUUGGAGGAGGACUGUGAUGUAUUGUCCCAGGAGAGCUGCCCUGAAGGCAGUGAUCACUGCGACACUUCCACAGGGCCUGGCAAGGGAUGUUCUGCAGAUGCAACAGAGCAAGGGGACAUCAGGAGAGCCAGCAAGGACUGCUCAGGAGAGAAGCCCUCUCCCUCCACACAUUGUGAGGGGAAUGGGUGCCCACCUGCUUUUAUACAACAAGUAGAGGGACUUCCAGUGUCACCUCACAGGAGUGAGAAUAGGAAACGUUUACUGAGGAAGUCAAAAGCCACUGAGAUUGAGGAGGACAUUGAAUGUUUGGAAAGCAAAAGCCCCAUUCCGACUGCCCAGUGCUCAGGUGUAACAGCAUCAUCAGCUCCAAAACAUGAGAGCAUGGAGGGCAAAUCUGCCUCUGCCCGUGCCUCUGACUCUGCUUUUCAGGAGGGCAAAGAGUCCAUUUCAACCCUCACACAGUCGGAGAUCACCUCCAAGUCAUCUCCUCCGAGUAAGGGAGGGGUGUGUCUGUCCCAGGAGUCUGCUCCCACCGGCACCCACCCAGAUCUAACAGGUGGAAGCUUGCUUAUCAAAAGGGCAGCCCCAGCCCCACCUUGGAAAGACAAAAGGCAGAAACAUUCAGAUGAAAAGACUUCUGCUCCUUGUGUUGCUGAAUCUGAACCCAUGGAGCAUGAAAGCUCCGCUGUUCCUACAGAACAAACAGAAACCGAUUCACUUCCAGUAUUUAAAGACAGAAGUCAAGAAAUUCCUGGGAAAAGUGUUCCAGCAGCUACUGUCAUGGUGGGCAAACGACCAGGUACAAUCACACCUGGUGAAGGUGCUCCUCAGAAGCCGAAGAUCCGUAAAGAGGUGAGAUCUGCUGUCCUGGAAGAUGCAGGAGUGGGUGUUACAGGAAUCACUUCACCAUCAGCCCACGGUGGUGAAAGCCAAACAUACAAGAAGGGUCCUGUUUACUUAGACACAGCAUCAGCUGUCCUGAAGGGAGAGCAACUCGCUGUUUCCAAAAUCCUACCACCAGGAUCAGUGCCAGCUCCGGUCUCAGAUGGAGCACAGCAGGCUCGCAGUAAGGAGAAAUUUGCUGCUCUGAGGAGUAAAAGCCCAGCUGUCACCGAGAUUGUUUCCAGUUUGGCCCAUGAAGGAGCUGAACCCCAGGAGGCUCCUGAAGGCCAUGGCUCAGAGCCUGCUGCUCUGGAGAGCACACACCCAGCCAGAGCUGUGUCCUCCCAAAGCACUGUCCUCCCUCAGGUCUGGGAGAGUGAAAAUCAGGAACAUCCAGAGGUGUCACUUCACAGUGAGAUGAGAUCUGUUGUGACAGCAGGUGGAAGCCGAGCAGCUGGACAGGCUGUGGCUGCUCCUUUCCCCAAGGCUGGACAUGGGGUGUUUGAGGAGGACAGGGCUGGGAUUUUGGAUAGGCUGCAGAGUGGGAGCCCAGGUGCAUUAACUGCUUCACAACCAGAAGUUGCUCCAGCUUCAGCCUAUGAACUGGAAUGUGAGGAAUAUCCAGAAGUUUAUGGUGAGGAUGGAGGCAUUGCCUUAGAAAGUGGAAGAUCCGAUGCUGGAAAAGCUGUCCCACCACUGCUCCGCGGGGAUCACGGUCAGGAGAUGUCACAUCACAGAUCGUCUUUCUACAGCGAUGAGGAGUCUGCUGUGCUGGAGGGCUUAGUGGACGAGAUGGUUUCCCUCUCUGAGGAGAUGAAUGUUUGGGCAGAGUCAGUUUCUGGAGAGAAGGAAAGCAGGAAGCACAUUUCUCCUCGCACACAUAUGUUCUACAAAGGCAGCCAAGCACACAUGGACACCUCCUUCCCUUCUGUCCAACAGGGUGGAAGAGGAGAAGUCUCCGAGCAGGAUGACCUUGCAGAACCCUACCUUGCCCUGAGUGAGGAGCCAGGAGUCCUGGAAGGGCAGGGAGCACGGAUAGUUCCUCAUGAAUGUGAGCAACUAGAGGACUUGGCAUUUGAGACCCCCCCUUCCAGCCGAGAGAGCAUUUCCUCAACAGAGAGCUUGGACACUGGAAAAAGACCCAUCCAUGUGCCAGUGAUCAAGGACACUGGCAAACACCCUGAAGUUUCUUUGGUGAAAAUCAAAGACCUGGCAGAUGAAACACCCAGUCUUGGCAGCGGCCCUCAAAAAUUUGACAUCUCAGAGGUGGAGCCUGCCUAUUUGAAUUUCUCGGAUUUGUACGACAUAGUCUAUUUUCCAUUUGAGUUUCUGAGCUAUAAGAAGCCUUCACCCAAACCAGUUCCUAGACGGUUCAUGCUUCUUGAAAGGGCAAGGUCCCCUCCUGCAGGACAUCUCCAUAAGGAUAAAAGACUGUGCAUCAGGGAACAGGAAGACAAGAACAGGAAGAACCGCUUGGAAAUAUCUGAGGAUUCAAAGGCAACUAAUUUACUAGCCAUGGGGAAAGGGGCAGAGAACCACAAAGAAAUGUAUAGCUCCCAAAAGUACUCCAGUGGAAAGCAGAAAAGCUCCUUCCACACCAAGCCUGGACUCUUUAAGCCAUAUGCAAGGUCUCACUCAGUGGAGCAGUCGGUGGAGCAGAGUCUGAAGAAGAAAGUAAAAGCUUCUGUUGCCCAUAUUUCAAGAAUCCUAAAAGGAAAGAUGUCUCCUGAGCCAGAGGAAGAGUUUGGUGAGCUGGAAAGUGAGGCAGCAGAAAAGGAGCUGUUGGUAGGGGCCGAAGGAUCUCUGAAGAGGAAAUCAGCACUGCCUUCAUUCAAGCUACCAAGCCUCAUCCCAAAGGAGAAAGCCCCAUUGUUCGUUGAGGAGCUCAUGGACCAGGCUGUGGCCGCUGGACAGUGCGUGACGCUCUCGUGCCGGACGGCAGCUCACUCCUCCCUGCACAUCAACUGGUUCAGAGAUGGGAUACCUGUCCAGAGCAGCAGCCGGAUCCUCAUCUCAUCCACACUCAAACACUUCCAGCUGUUAACGAUCCUCUCUGUUAAUGCUGAGGAUUUUGGAAUUUACACCUGUGUGGCUACAAACUCCCUGGGCUCAGCAUCCACCUCUUGUGUCAUACGGAAAGCAGAGGUUCCCCCCAGCCCUCCACCCCCUGACAUCGUUGAGGUCUACAAGGAUGGAGUACAGAUGGUUUGGAAACCUGUGGAAACCAACAUCCCUGUCCAUUACACUGUCCAGUGCAAGACUGAAGAUGGGGAGUGGACGACUCUCGCUUCUGACAUCACCGACUGCUGCUACUACGCCAGAAAUCUCCCCCAGGGGUUCAUCUACCACUUCAGGACAGCCUGCACCAACAAGGCAGGGAUGGGCCCCUACAGCAACCCCUCUACCAAAGUGAAAAUCACUGGGAAGGAUCAGAUGGAGCUUCGUGCUGCCACGCAGGAGUUCCCAUCAGCUGCUUCUGAAGACGAGAGUGAAAUGAUCACACCACCUGAGCCCUUCCCUACCUACCAGACCUACGCCUUCCAAACCGAGAUCAAAAGGGGCCGAUUCAGCAUCGUCCGGCAGUGCCGGGAGAAGGUGAGCGGCAAGACUUUGGCUGCUAAAAUCAUCCCUUACUGGCAAGAGGACAAGCAGGCUGUGCUGCUGGAGUACCAGGUGCUGAGGAAGCUUCACCACACAAACAUAGCCCAGCUGAAGGGCGCCUACGUCAGCCCACGGCACUUGGUGCUGAUCCAGGAGAUGUGUGUGGGACCAGAGCUGCUCCACUCUUUGGCGUUACGAACAUCGUACUCAGAGGUGGAGGUCCGAGACUACCUGUGGCAGAUCCUCAGUGCCACCGAGUACCUCCAUGCACACAACAUCCUGCACCUGGACCUCAGGUCUGAGAACAUGAUCAUCACUGAGCCCAACCUGCUGAAACUCCUGGAUUUUGGGAACGCACAGUUCUACACACCAGACAAAUUUAUUACCAUGGACAAAUGCUCGGACUAUGUCGAAACCAUGGCUCCAGAACUGCUGACAGAGCAAGGAGCCCUUCCCCAGACUGAUAUCUGGUCCGUCGGAAUCACAGCCUUCAUCAUGUUGAGUGCCAACUACCCCGUCAGCUCUGAUGCACCCUGUGAAUUCCUGAGAACAGCCAGGAAGGGCAAACUGAAGCUGACGCGGUGCUAUGCGGGUCUCUCCGGGGGAGCAGUGUCCUUCCUCCAGAGCACUCUGUGUGCAAACCCUUGGGGAAGGCCGUCAGCCUCCGAGUGCCUUCAGAGCCCAUGGCUCCAGGAGACAGGUUUGGACAACAGGCAGCAAGCACUGGUCACCUUCCCCACCAUCAAACUGAGGAAUUUCCUCAUGGAACGGGAAAAGAAGAGGGGACUGCUGUGCUCCAAGUAUGGCCUCAUGAUUGCACAGUGACAUGGAUGUGGUGACAGAUGGGAAUUGCCUCCCUGUGCCCUCCUGCACUGAGUGUUUGGUACCAAACCCUCCUGCCAAGCUGCUGUGCAACAGCUGAGCUGGGGGAGCUGCUCUCUGCCCGGCCCCACUGUGUUUUAUCUGUGUGUCCUGCCUGCCACGGGCUGCUUCUGUGUAUGUGUGACUCGUGGGGGGAACUGGCCCAUUGGACAGUGAAGGCAGCAAAUCCAACAGUGAACUUGUAACAUGCAGAUUUUGUACCACUAAGAGACUUUGCCACUUUGAAGCUGAGCUGCUCUUCCCUGGGGAGCAGGGACACAUCUACCCAGAGAUCCCAGAGAUGUGGUGGCAGUAUCCCUGGCAAAGGCUGAGCGUUUUAAUUCUUUAAAAAAAAUCCUCAAAUGUCACGUUCCUCUUUGAGCUUCAAACCCUGCCUUCCUCUGCAAAGGAUGGUGUUGGCUGUGUUGUUGCUUUGUUCUCAUAACCUCAGUGUUCCUUCGAGUUUCUCUGCAGUGAUUGAUGUAUCUGUUGGUUCCCUCAAUUUUCCAUACAAGCAGCAGUAAGUGGAGGCUUUCUCAGAGCUGUGUCUGGCUGUGUUUAGAGGAAGGAGAACAGAAAAACAUUUCCUAAUGCAUUACAGUUCAGUACUAGAAGUAAGGCUGUUUAUCCGGGGGCGUUCUUUCCCAACAAGUUUAACCCAUAUUGUUCCAAACCUGAAAGGUGGAGCAUCGUGACUCCUUCCCUUGCUCAGCAUGCAGAGCAGGAAUUGUCACUGAGAGCAGAGGAGCUUUCCCUGUGCUGUGGAGAGCAGACACUGACUCAAUAGAUUGUAAAACUUGAAAUGUUGAAGUAAAAUUGUCUUCACUGUGUGCUACAGGAGAGAAACCCAAGGGCUUAGGGCCAGACUCUGUGCUCAGUUCUCUGGUGGGACAGACACUGCAAUGAGGGCUGCCCCCCAGGAAACCUUUCAAGACUCUGGAUUCCAUCCAAUUUAACUUCUUUUACAAAUCCAGUCAGGUUUUUUGUUGGCACAGGCUGGUUCUUUGCUCUUGCUGAUGCACUUCGGGAUGGAAAGCUCAGUGCCAGUGAAAAACCUAUCUAAACACAAAACUUAAUUGUAGAUUAACUCACUUGGAGCUUUCACACUCUUUCAUAUAUGACUUCUUUUUUUUUUUUGCUUCUCACAACUGCAUGCAUUUGAGCAUGUCUGAGAUCUUUUAUAGACCCAACAUUGUUAGGUUAAAUAAACCAUUCUGAUGAGCAAGUAAAGCCA